AUGCUUUCAAUAGAAAAAGAAAAUUCAAGAGUUGCUACAACUAAACCAUUAGAUGAACUUUUUACGAAUGUCGGUCAAAAGUUUGAGACAGAGACCGUAAAGCAUGAAGGCUAUCGUUUUGACUACCCGUUAAGAUGGUUAAGAGACCCAUCCGUCACAAAAGCUAUUGGCUUUCGUAGAAUGAAAUUCAUUUCAGAAGCCAUACAUGGUUUCCCAUUUACGGUCGCUUUUGAAGUUCGAUACUAUAACAAAGAAAAACGUACGUAUGAGAAAUUUGAACAGGGAAAACUUUUACAAGUGAAUUUGCUUGUAAACUUAGAAACAACUCUUCAAGCUUUUCAAGAAAAAAUAAACGAUAUCUAUCUCGAAUAUGCAAAACAGUACAACAUUGACGAAGGAGAGUACCAUCUCGAUAUUAUAUAUGACAGGAAAAAUGCAACUGUUAAAAUCAAUAGAAUAGAAGACCUUGGAGAAGACGUUUAUAUUUCUACAAAAUAUAACAACUUGGCAUGGUAUAGAUUUUUGAGGAUGUUAAAUCAGCCUGCAGAAUAUCCA